AGUCCUGCCUUUUAAAUUGUUAAACUGAAGUGACAUAAAACUACACCCAUUUGGCUGAAUGAAAUCCUGUUUUUGAACAUAAAACCUUUUACUCUAGUUCUUACAGCUUUGUUGAACGGAAGGCCACCUGCAGGAAAAGCAGUAUCUGACGGCAGUUGACGUGAUGGUACUUUACGAAGAUAAUGAGUGCAGUGUGUGCUACAUGCCCUAUUCUCGGCACGAGCGUGUACCUCGGGUUCUGUACUGUGAACAUACCUUCUGUGGGCCCUGCUUGGAGCAGCUGGCCCAGCCUAAAGAUGGUCUGCUGUCUGUGUGCUGCCCACUUUGUCGCCGGAUAACUUGUGUGACUGGAGAGCGUGGGCUGCAAGCUACACUGUGGGUCAAUUCUGAUCUAUGGGAGCAGAUCUCUGAGAAUAAGGAGGAAGAAGUUGCUUGUGUCAAUGAGGAAAAAGGAGAGCCCAAUAAGAUCCUUCUAGAAUGUUCUUCCAUUGAUGAAUGGUCUUCCACUAAAAACUCUGUCCCCAAGCUCAGACUUCCCACCUUCCUGAAGAAAUUCAGUCUUUCCAAGCAUCAGCAGCAAGAGACAGUUUUGCCAGCCUCAAAUGUAGAGAUGAAAUCCUGGCGCAGACUCUCGGCAGAAGAGAUGGUCUACAGAAAUUAAGAUUUAGGCAGCCCCAAAAGUUUGUUUUUUUAUGGCUCUGAACGUUUUUUUUUGUUUUGUUUUAUAUGGGUAUUUUAAAUAUAUUUUUUCAAAGAAUUUUGGAAAAUGUGUUCAAGGUGAAGGAGUUUUACUUGUGUUUGGCAACAUUUAAGACAUAAAGUGACAUUGGCUAACCCUGCUCUCCGAUCCUCACCUGUAUGUCACUUUGGACAAAAGUGGCUACCAAAUGAAUAUAAUAUAGUAAUACUGUAGAGCUGCUGCUGUAGUAUUUGGGUCAGCUGUCCUCUUUGAGCAGAUGUCUGUCCUUCUUUGUCUUCAAGAGCCUUUUUGAAAAAAUUCAAAGUAUCUUGUUGAGAGAUACUCAAAACAGACACAAAGCAAUGUUAUGUUUUAAAUCUGCUGUCCUUUGAAUGUGUAUACCCAGGGAUGUCAGACUCCAGUCCUGGAGGGCUGGAGCUCUACACAUUUUUGAGUUUCCCAACAUUUAAUAACCUGAAUCAACUUCUUGUGCUAAUUAUCACACAUCUCUUGAGCUGAACCAUCACAGAUUAUAUAAAAAUCAAAACACAAACUGAUUUUCAUAUAUAUGCAGUGCAUUUAUGUAACAUUGCAGACAAUGCAAACAAAUUUGUUGUGUGUUUUUUUGUGUGUUGUGUGUCAUGUAAAUAUAUUCAUAUUUACAUGAAUUCUGAGUUGGGUUGAGCUUCCCAAAGGAAAGAUGUAUAGAAAAUGAAAGCGUCGUAAUAAUAAACCUGCUGCGCACUUGCAGCAAAAACUGAUAAAAGUACUUAUGGUUGGACUAAGGUGUGAUACGUUUCCUCUAGCCAUUAGGAAGUAUAUGUUGUGUUGACUGGAAUAUUUCAGAGUUUUCUGACCCUGCAGGCUUGGGAAGAACAGGAUUGGGCAGGUCAAGUCUCGACUAGGUAAUAGUGGCAGUUAGAGCAAAGUACUCACAGAUACUGAGAGCUACUUGUUUCACAGCAACACGCCCAGUAUGUGUGAGCCGUGUCACUGCUAAUCUGCUCGCCUGCAUGCUGGAUGAAUAUGAGAGCAAGUGAAAUGUAACACAAAUCAUCAUUAUUCCUAAAUUCAGUUUGAACAACAUACAAAUUAUUGUUUCCUUUUGAGAUAUUAGAGAGAAAAUAACAAAAAAAAGAAGCCUUUUUUUCCACAGAACUUGUUCUACCAGAAUACAGUAACAUGUUUGUUUAGCAACCAAAACUUCUUGACUUCAGGGUUGAGCAAAGCAUAUGAAUCAGGUAAUAUCAGUCAAUCACAAUUUAGAGAUUUAUCAUCGGUAUAUGGCUUUCCGGUGUCACUAGUUUCAGUACAGUGUAAGUAGUCGGUUUUUUUUCUUCAGCAGCUAAACACUGUUGUGCAAUUUAUUUUGAGUCAUCAAGUAAGGUAACACCCACAAGUUCAGUGAGUGUUUCAUGGAUUAUACCAUGGAAAACCUCAUUCGGGGAGUUGGUGAUACCUGCAAACCCUUCUUUUUGUGACAUCCAAAUUGAUAUUUUACACUUAAACCAAUAUUAUUACAAUUUUGUUUCUUUUUUUUUGUUUAGUUUUUAUUUUUAUUUCCAUUUGAAAUUUUCGAAAGUGCAGUUUGAUUAAGUUUUCUGUGUGGUUUUUUUAGUUUAUUAGUUUUCAUUUAUUUUAUUUUAAAUAUAUAUUUCUAUGUGCGGGGCGGCAUGGUGGUGCAGUGGUUAGCACUGUUGCCUCACACCUCUGGGACCUGGGUUCGAGUCUCCGCCUGGGUCACAUGUGUGUGGAGUUUGCAUGUUCUCCCCAUGUUGUCGUGGGGUUUCCUCCGAGUACUCCGGUUUCCCUCCACAGUCCAAAAACAUGCUGAGGUUAAUUGGAGUUGCUAAAUUGCCUGUAGGAGUGCAUGUGUGAGUGAAUGGUGUGUGAGUGUGCCCUGCGAUGGGCUGGCCCCCCAUCCUGGGUUGUUCCCAGCCUCGUGCCCAUUGCUUCUGGGAUAGGCUCCGGACCCCCCGCGAUCCAGUAGGAUAAGCGGUUUGGAAAAUGGAUGGGUGGAUGUACUAAAAUAUUUUAUAAAGCUUUUAAUGUGGUUUGACCA